AUGCCAAUUGUCCUUGUAUUAACAUCAAAUGGUUUUGUUAAAGGUGAUGUUAGGGAAGAGGAAGAUGUUUGUGAAGAGGAAGAGGAAGAUGUUAGGGAAGGAGAUGAUGUUAGUGAAGAGGAAGAUGUUAGGGAAGAGGAAGAUGUUUGUGAGGAAGAUGUUAGGGAAGAUGUUAGGGAAGAUGAUGUUAGUGAAGAGGAAGAUGUUAGGGAAGAGGAAGAUGUUAGGGAAGAGGAAGAUGUUAGGGAAGAGGAAGAUAUUUGUGAAGAGGAAGAUGUUAGGGAAGAUGAUGUUAGUGAAGAGGAAGAUGUUAGGGAAGAGGAAGAUGUUAGGGAAGAGGAAGAUGUUUGUGAAGGAAGAUGUUAGGGAAGAUGAUGUUAGUGAAGAGGAAGAUGUUAGUGAAGAGGAAGAUGUUUGUGAAGAGGAAGAUGUUAGGGAAGAUGAUGUUAGUGAAGAGGAAGAUGUUAGUGAAGAGGAAGAUGUUUGUGAAG